UCUUGUCACGAGCAAGAAGAGAUAUAAUUGCCAAAAAUAUUCUCUUGAGCUAGCUAGCUAGCUACUUCAAUGGCUUCUCGUCUUGUUUUAUUCAUUUUCGUACUAUGUGUUGCUGCCAUUGUUCCAACAAUCACCGCUUGGGGAAAAGAACAUAUUGUUGGAGAUGAAGCAGGGUGGACACUAAAUUUCGACUACCAAGCUUGGGCUUAUGGCAAGAAAUUUCACGUUGGAGACAAGCUUGUUUUCAAGUAUCAGGUUGGAGCUCACAACGUGUUUCGGGUGAAUGGAACUGGCUUCCAAAACUGCGUUAGGCCGCCAGCUAGUGAGGCACUAACGACCGGAUAUGACACAAUUCUGUUGACAACUCCGGGAAGAAAAUGGUACAUUUGUGGAGUAGGCAAGCAUUGUGAAUAUGGCAUGAAACUGUUUAUCAAUGUGUUACCACUUAAGGUAUCAGCUCCCAUUACUCCCAGCAAAGCACCUGUUCCUGUCACUUAUGGGAAAGAAUUCAUUGUUGGAGACGAAGCAGGAUGGAGACUUGGAUUUGAUUACCAAGCUUGGGCUAAGGACAAGCAGUUUCGUGUUGGGGACAAGCUUGUCUUCAAGUAUAAUCCUGGAGGCCACAACGUGCACCGAGUGAACGGAACUGGCUUCCAGAACUGCAUUAGGCCACCGGCUACUGACGCGUUGAGUACCGGAAAUGACACAAUAGUUCUGGCAACAGCAGGAAGAAAAUGGUACAUUUGUGGUGUAGGGAAGCAUUGCGAAUAUGGCAUGAAGCUUUUCUUGACUGUGCUACCACCCUACUAUCCAUAGAAUAGAACUCCAUCACUUGUGUGCGUCCAUUCCGUCAGUGUUGAUUAGAAUUGGAAAGGCUUUUGUUUUAGUGUUUUCUUUUUAUUUGCAUGCCUCAUGUUUCAUGCAGACUAUCAAAUUGGAGUGAUACUCGCUACUGUUUCAUUCU